CGGCAAAUGGGUCAGGAAAGGCAGGUGAGCUUGACAGUGGAAUCAAUAAUGGCCCUGUUCGGCCUGAUUCUGCUGCUCCACCAAGCCCCUUCGAUAGCAGAGGGCCAGCAGGGGGAAAAGCGCAUCGAGGCGGACAUGUAUCGAAUGGCCAAGGACAUGGAAUCCGGACAACGCAUAAGUGCGAUUCAGAGCCAGCGCAUUGUAAAUCAGUUUCAGAAACUGGGGGAAUACAUUAAGAAAGAGACCUCAGGCAAGAGGGCGCCCACGCAAAUCCACGGCAAGCCCGGCCAGGCCUACUCCAUUUUCUUCGAGUUCUCCAACCGAAAGCACCCGACAUGAAGGAGUUCUUAUUAAUUUGACAACGAAAAACACAAGUGUAAUAACCAUCA